AUUGUGGCUAUUGUUUUCUUUCUUUUGGAUUGUUUAUUAUUCUUGUUUUGAGGAAUAAAAGAGAGAACUCAAUAUAAAAAAAAAUAAAAUGCCCAUAGGCCUGAAAAUACAGGGAAAAAAAAAAACAGGAAUUCCAGAGAUAAAUGAAUCACGACAUGUAAGAUGAAUGUGAACCACAAGCUAUUUUGUUUCCCUGUUUCAUAAAUUUGUGCCCUGACUAAUGUAAUCACUUUAUAAGUGUAACAAAAAAUGGAUGUUCUGACAGCACCUUUCUUCUCAUAUGUUCUAUCAGGUGAGUUCACUCUUCGUGCUUUUCUCAAUGGACGCUUAGAUCUUUCUCAAGCUGAAAAUGUUGAAAAACUCAUUCCAGCUAAAUUUGUUGCUGCUGCAGAUGCUGCAUUGGCAGGGAUCCAGGUUAUGGGGCAUAUCUGCUAUCACAUUCUAGCAACCGGUUUGAAUGGUUACAUGGCAAUUGUAACCAACCCGAAAAAUCCGUCUCAUGUAGUUUUUCUAUUUGUAUUCUGAUUUUAAGAGGUUCUUAUCAUGGUCGUAACUGCCAUUUUUAUUUAUACUUUAGUUAUAUCGACAUGAUGAUAAUAACAUGGAAAACAUGGGAAUUCAUGGAUUGUUGGCUACAUUGAAGGCUUUUGGGUUUAUAGUUUCAGACCUUUUCUGUGUUGUUUUCUUGCUCAUAUAUGAAAA